AUGGCAGCAAAUGGUGAAUCAAACCCCAUCGUCGCUGGUAUUAUUGGAAGUUGUCGGUACAGUGAUUAUCUGCACAUCAUCUCCAUUAAGAAUGAUUCGACUUUAAAGGAGAUCUAUGAAUCUAUCUUAAUGAAGUGGAACGAUAUACAUCCCGACAAAUUGGUGCUCCAAUACUUGGCUCCUCGUGAAAGAAUGUUUGUCACACUGACUUCUAACGAAGACGUGGUGAAUAUGGUUACAUUGCAUUUGGUAAUGCACAUGAGUGUGGUCGACAUUGUGGUGAGUCGCACUGAUGAACUUGAUGGGCGUAGAAGGAGGACCCCCAGCCACGGUUGUGGUGAUGCUACUCUUCGUACAAGGGGUCAUCCCAAAGCCGAUGCUAUGUGGAUUUCGCAACUUAUGAAACAAAUAUUGAGAGAUGAGCCAGGUUACAAACCAAUUGCUAUUUUGAAUGAGGUCCAAAGAAAGUACGGUGUGGAGCUUAAGUACUAUACGUCGUGGAGAGGUAAGGAAAAAGCAAUGCACAUGAUAUGUUUGGAUGGGACUCAUAUUAAAAAUAAGUACAAAGGUUGCUUACCUUCUGCUGUGUCCAAAGAUCCAAAUGAUGAGUUAUACACAUUGACCUAUGCAAUUGUUGAUGCCGAGACUGAUAGAAAUUGGGAGUGGUUUUGUAAUAAGCUGAAAGAGAUUCUUGUUUACCACAAUGGCGGUUUAUUGAAAAAUUACACAAUUUUCUCUGGUCGUCAUUCGGGGCUUAUUAAAGCCAUUCCACUGGUAUUUCCUGGUAGCAACCAUGCUUAUUGUUUGCGACAUUUGGAGGAUAACUUUAGAACAAAGGUUCUAAGAUCCUAUCCAUUGCACAACAAAGCAUAUUGGGUGAGUAUUCUACAUAAGGCUGCAAUUGCUCCUACUCGACAAGAGUUUGAUGAACAUAUAUCUUUUAUAGUUCAAUCAAUGCCUCGUGCAGAAUCCUUUAUCCGAGACUCGGAUCCCAAUCGUUGGGCCAAUGCAUACUUUUCUAUGGAUAGAUGGGGAAUAAUGAACGGUAACCAAGUUGAAUGUUGGAAUGGUUGGGUAAAAUAUGAACGAUCUUUGCCAGUUCCAUCCAUGAUUGAUACGAUACGAAUCAAAAUAAUGAAGAUGAUAGGUAAUCGAUGGGAAGAUUCUUUAGUCAUGGCUGAUACAGUGUGUCCAAAAGUUGAAAAGAGAUUAUUAAUCAACUAUACAGCCUCUCGCUUAUUAAAAUAUACCAGAUCCAGUGGUACGCGUUAUGAGGUGUAUGAAGAGGAUAAGUCGUAUGGUGUUGAUUAA